GUACGAAACCGGUUUCAGAAUGCAGAUGUCCGAAGCGGCAGACGGGAACACCUACGAAUUUCUGUGAAUCAUUGUCACCCUGUACAUGCAUGCCUGCCAUUGACAGAUCACCACAUGCCCCUUCUGGAAUAGCUAGCUCAUGAACAAUGGUUGAUUUAGGAAACUUUUUACAGAACCGACUCCCUCCCUCCUUUCUGCUCCAAGAUGAAGACGAGGCAUUGUCAGCGGCUUCUAAAGGAAUCAAUGGCGAGUUUGUCGAGCUCCCGGCAAAGGAAGAAGACACCAUAUUCAAAGCUGUCCGACUUAACGAUGUCAACAAGAUGAGCAUGAUGCUGCGACACGGAACUGAUGUCAACAUGGUUCACAUCGGUGAGGCGUGCAUAGUGAAGAGUCCCUCCCUGUUCCGCAACAUCCAGAUGAAGAGGUACUGCCCGCUCCACGUGGCCGUGCUGCACUCCAACAUGGAGACAAUCAAAGUUCUGUGUUCCCAUGGCGCUGACCUGAACAUAAAGGAUGGAAACGACCGGACCCCCAUCUACCUCGCCUCCGCUGCCGCCAGACUGGAUGUUGUUAAAUACCUCAUAGACAAAGGUGUGGAUUUGGAUUGUCAGACCAGCAGCAAGCGGUGUGCUCUCACGGAGGCCGUGUGCCUGAAUCGCCUGAAUCUGGUGGAUGCCCUGAUCAAGGCAGGGGCGGACCUAGAGCUGGAGGACAUCAAGGGCACAACAGCACUGGGGCACGCCGUGAUGCAGCUCAGGGUCAGUAUCAAGGUCGUCAACCGACUAGUGGAAGCGGGCUGUGACGUCAAUAGGAGAACGCAGAAAGGUGCAACUCCCCUCAUGUUUGCAGUCAGCUUGAAGAAGCUGGACAAGAUCAAAGCCUUGAUAAAGGCUGGCGCUGAUGUUAAUGCAGUAGACAGCGGUUGUGUAACACCAUUUCACCUGGCUACCAAUGAUGGACAGAGUGUAAAUAUUGCCAAACUCCUCCUUCAAAAUGGUGCUCACCCAGAUCUGAAGGAUAGAUUUGGUAGAACGCCUCUAGACAAUGCUGUGGCUCAGGGCAAGCUCCGAGUGCUGCAGCUGCUGCUGAUGGCUGACUGUGACAGAAGCUACAGCCUCCUCACCAGUGAAGCUGUCCAGAUGCUGUGUGACCGGGUCCCUGUGUUCCGGGACUGGCUCUACAAGGAGAUGUACAACCCGAAAAGUCUGAAACGACUUUGUAGAGGAAGUUUACGUCACUCGCUCACACUGAAGGGGCUGACAACCAUAGAUGAACUUCCAUUACCUCAAACACUGAAAGACUUCCUCUUGGUCAGAUAUUAUGAUUGAACUGUUACUCAACGUGUUCACUACUCUGUAUGUGGACAGUACAGAGUUGGAAUCAAACGGGCAGGGUAGAAAAGAAAGAAACAACGGGUAUAUUAUUUUGACUUGACAAGGAAAUAUUGAAAGCAAAUACUACUCCUUCAAAUACUGACUUGUAACGUUCUUCUUUCCAAACCUUUUGAUAUUUGCAUCAAUUGCACAUGAGGUGAGGUGAAAUUGAGUUAAAUGUUGCAUUCAAGAUUAUUGCACUUAUUGCCGGUUUUAUUGUGCUAUCCCACUGAGAUACCAUGCCACAGUUUAACAUGGAUACCCCACUCAGGCACAGUAUACUGAUUCCAAGCUGACCAGUCCUUGUUUAAUCCCCUUAAUGCCAAGCACCUGGCAGGGAAACAACAAGUACCAUCUUUUAACGUCAUUGGUAUGAUGCAGUCAGGGUUCGAACCACCGAUCUUCUUUCCAUGCAGACACUGUGUCUGUGUCUGUGUCUGUGUCUGUGUCAUGCAUCAGUUAGAGAUUAGCUUGACCAUGACAAACCAUCCUGUAAGUGAGUUCAAACAAAAACAUCCAAAGUAUAUAAAUUUGAAUGCAAAACAUUUAGUGAAUGCAGUAAAAAACAAUAACAUAUCAAAAUUGCAUGAGUUAUGGCCCUUUGAAGGUACUUUCAAUCAAGUGUGAACGGAAGUUGAUUGUUGAAACAUGCCCACACACACAUACAUGCACACACAUACACAUGCACUUACAUACAGUCACAUAUAUGCACACACAUGCACACACACAUUCAAAUGCACACAAACAAACGGAUACACACACACACGUUUGCAUCUUCUGAAAUAUCAUGAACAAGAACAAUGGAUGGUAUCAUAGCAAGUUAUGGGCUGAGCACCCAUGACAAAAUGUCCAAACAAACAAACAGAAGGUAAAACUGCAAGAGUUACUUGCCUUUGUGGAAAAUUUUGGUCAACAUAUGCUUCAUUCUGCAUUACUUAGGUCUUGUACUUUUGCUUUGUACCUGUUGAAUUUUGUGGUGUAAUUUCCUUAUGAUGUUGCGUUGUGAAGCAUUUAUGUUUUGUUUUGACAUCUCAGUGUGAAUGUUGAGUCAGGUCAUAAGAAGAUGUUUUGUUUUGACAUCUCAGUGUGAUGAAUGUUGAGUCAGGUCAUAAGAUGUUUUGUUUUGACAUCUCAGUGUGAAUGUUGAGUCAGGUUAUAAGAAGAUGUUUUGUUUUGACAUCUCAGUGUGAUGAGGUCUUGAUAUGAUAUGUUUUGCAAUGCAGUCACCCGUCGAUUUACUGUGAAGUAUGCAUGAUUUUUUUAGGAAAUAAUCUUGAAUGAAUUUUCUAUGUAUGUUUUUUUACACAAACACCAUAGAAUUUUGUGGCUCAAUUUCUUUUAAGUCAUGCGGGUUUGAAGCUGUUUCUGGUGGGUUAGCUUUAAGUUAAAUAUCUAGAUUUUUCUGUUUAAUUUAGAAAGGAUUUUAGGAUUCAUUGAUGGAUUAAUAUACCGGAGACAAGAUGAUCAAAGACUGGAGAUUCAUAAGUGUCUUUCCACUGUCCAGAAGGACUACGCUGAACAGAGUGGUGCUCAUUGCAAGUCUGGGUUCAGAUGCUGUGCCUUUAUGAAACCUUGUGUCUGUGUACCCAGGGCUUUCAUUCACUACUAGAUUGAUAUGCAAUAGAGUAAGUGAUUGAGUAUGAUUUUACGCUGCUUUUAGCAAUAUUCCAGCAAUAUCAUGGCGGGGGACCCCAGAAAUGGGCUUCACACAUUGUACCCCUGUUUGGAAUCGGGUCAUCAGCAUGACAAGCGAAUGCUUCAACCACUAGGCUACCCAACUGCCCAAAUAUGCAAUAGAAGAUUUUAUGUUCUCGUUAGUGGACAAUGUGUUGCACAACUGCAAUCCCAAUUGCUAGAAUUAUCAAUUGUCUGGAGAUUAGUUCCUUUUAAAAUGUCAGUUGUGGAAUGUAGGCUAAUGUAAGAAACUGAUAUGUUUGGGUAGUGGGCGCCAUUUCUCAUUUGCUCUCAGUCAUAUUUCCAGAUCUGAUGUUGUUUUCAUGAUAUGGUAUAAACAAUAUAUGCAAUUCAGUGCAGACAGUUAUGUAUAUUAGAAACAGUUUCUGACUUGUAAUUUUCCUUUUGAUUUGUUAUUAUAUAUCAAUAGAGAGGGUAUAAAAAGAGCUUUCAUUUGAUAUGUAUCAUGUCUAUGUGUCACAAUAUCAAAGACAGUUAUGUUUUGAAAUAUGACCAAUAGUGCAUGGGAAAUGGUUGCCAUCACAAAAGUGAUAUCUUUGGAUGAUUUUAAACAUGGGUGCCAACAUUCUUCCUACUAUGUUCUUAAACCUUUAAUUUGUUACAUCAGUAGGGCCUGUGCGGUAAUCCUAGAUCAUAUACAAAAUGUUUGGAGUAAACUCUGUUUACUGGUCAGGAUGAGCAGGUUGCGAGGCACUGGCAGCUGAAGGCAAUCUGUUUGCUCAAAUGGACAGCGUGAAUACUUUAUAGAAUGUAUAACUUCAUGUCAUGUAUUGUGGGAAACUAUUUUUCAACAAAGCUACUUGAUUGUGAUUUACUGACCGAAAAAUGAUCCCAAUUUUGUCUUUCAUUGGCUGCAUUGUGUUACUGGUUUCCUUGUCAGAUUCCUGGUUAGAAAUGUAAAUAUGUUGAGUAGUUUUGAAUUGAUAUUAGGAAGCAAAUUUUUAAAAAUGACACAUAUUGCCUGGGACAGUGCAAAGGCAUUUGACAAAAUGGCACUCCCUGUGAACAACAGCUAAAAAUAGUAUCUGAAACACAAAUAAUAACUGUCACAUGAUGAAGCUGUUAUAGCAGAAUGAAGCCUCGUAUCUUAUUGCAGCACAUGAUACAUUCAUCUGAUUCAUGUUUUGUUUGUUAUAUAUGGCUUGCCAUGACAGAUACCUAUAGUAAUAUGAACAACUCGGGUGUUCCUUAACUUCUUUUGAGUAGUAUAUCUCAGUUUAAUAUUGGAGUAGGUGAUACAGGUGAUUUACGGUAACCACUUUGGUGAAACGCACAAGUACUAGUUCGGUAAAGAAUCAGGUCAAACAUGGGAUGAGCAGAUCUUGAAACCAUGCGCACAUGUAUAUGAAAUAUACUACUCAACUUUUGACGGGGUUAACGAGAUGUCAUUCUGAUUAAAAAAACACAUGACAUGAGAAUCAGUUUUGAGUAUCAUGGGAAAAUAAAGAUAUCCCUAUCAAAGGUGGAGUAGCAUACUAUGCAAUAAUGUAGCUGAUUUUGUUGUCCUUGCACAACUUGUGCACCUUUAUGUGAUUACUUUUUAAGGGAGACUGAAUCUGUUUGGUCUUGUCGACAGUUCAUUGAAGCUGUAAGACAUAAGUUGAUUUAGUUGCUAGAUGUCCCUACUCAAUCUCAUUCAAAUCAGAUCAAGUGCACAGAGCGUACUUUACUGUGAAUGUUGGUGCGAUAUGAGUGUAUAUAUUAUUGUUAUUAUUAUGUUAGUGCUCACUACCACAACACAUAGAUCAGAGGACAACCCAUUACAGGUCACGUCAGAACGACCUUUCAUCCGACCAAUCAGAGCAUUGCUUACAAGAUCACAAAAUGUGUUUUCUAGUCAUGCGACCUUGUAACGGUUAACGAGACAUGCCGGAUGACAUAAAAUCGUCUUUCCCUUGCUUCAAUGGGAUAAACAUUUGAAAUUGAAGAGACUUUUCAUAGCUCAGGGGAAGUACUGCCAUACAAUCUUGGCCAUCUAUAAGACAUCUAUUAGACAUUCAAGACAUUUUGUUUGUUAAUUUUUCAAAUUUUGUCCAAAUAUUUUUUCAAAGUGUAGUCCGGAAUGGAAGUCGCCAGUUUCGAAACUAGUGAAAUAAAGCUUGAGGAAGCUGUUUUCUGAUUGACUUAUCAACUUCCUGUCAGCCAUUUCAUUGGUCAGUCAAAGUUCGCGAAAAGUUGUUCUGCCAUAACCUGUAAAAUGGGAUGUCCUCAGAUCUUUUCGUAGCAGUAGCAAGCACUAAGAUCUGAUUUUAAUGAGAUUAGUCUGUACUUAACUUUGUACUGUCUGUACUGCAUAUUGAAGUACACUUACAGCUUGAUGGAUGUUUUGACAGGACCCCUGUGCGGAGUGCUCACAGAAAUACCACCUCACCAGUUAUCCUGUUAUUAAAUGUAAGCGAGUUUGGUUUAACGCCACCCUGAACUGUAUUUCAGGUAUAUCCUGGCGUGUCAGCUUGGUGUGGGAGGGAAGUGAUGCAGGAUGUUUAUCAAUUUGAUGAAACCCACCAGCACUGGUGUGCUGACAAACCUAGAAUAGAAAUAAUCAGGCAAACGGGGAUCAAACCCAUGACCAUAGGUUUCUGGAUUGCCUAAAUAUAGCACCUUACACGACUGUAUAUAAAUGAUGUUGUUAUGUAUUUGUUAUAUAAUAACUGUUUUAGUGUACAUUGCUUAUGAGAAUGUAGAAUGUAAAGACAAUAUUUUUAUUAUUGUAUUUCAGUAUCCAAACAUGUAGUAACUUGCAAAAAUACCAUUUAGUUACUGUAAUCCAACAAUAAACCAGAGUAUUUUCAAUUGA